GCAAAAUCCUAUAAAAUUGCACUUUAGGUGAAUACCAACCCCGAAAUUAAAUGGUGUUAAGGAACUUUGUUCUUAAUUAAAUGCUGAAUUAAGUUACCGGCCCUGGUGGACACUUUGUUUGCCAAAAACAUAUUUUUUUAAUCAUAAUGAAACCCAAAUCUGGCAUAACGAGAUUUCACAAUUGUUAUAUACUUCGUGAUAGCAAAAUUAUUAAAGAAGACUUGUGGAUAAGAGAUGGCAAAAUUGAAAAUCCUGAACAAGUAUUUUAUGUAGAGCAACUUCAAGCCGAUUUAACUGUAAACUGCGAAGGACUUUUGAUUGCCCCAGGGUUCAUUGACAUACAAAUUAAUGGUGGAUGGGGUGUAGAUUUUUCAUAUGAUUCAGAAAAUGUCAAAGAAGGUGUGAGAAAGGUAGCAAAGGAGCUGCUAGCUCAUGGUGUGACCUCAUUUUGCCCAACAAUGGUAACCUCUGAUGUGGAGAAAUAUCGUAAAAUACUGCCUUUAAUUAACAAGACUCAGGGUGGUAAACAUGGAGCCACCGUGCUUGGAGUGCAUUUAGAAGGACCAUUUAUAAAUUUAGCUAAAAAAGGUGCUCAUAUGGAAGAGUACAUCAGAACACCUGAUAAGGGUUUAAAAACAGUUGAAGAAGUUUAUGGAUCGUUAGAUGACGUCGUUAUAGUAACUCUUGCACCAGAGCUACCAGGUGCUACUGCAGCUAUAAAAGAAUUGACAGACCUUGGCAUUAAAGUAGCACUCGGACAUUCCACUGCUAGUUUAGCUCAAGCCGAGAAGGGAGUGGAGUGUGGUGCGAAUUUAAUAACACACUUAUUCAAUGCUAUGCUACCAUUCCACCACCGCGAUCCCGGGCUAGUUGGAUUACUUGCUUCGACAACAGAAAAGCAAGUGUUUUACGGCAUCAUAUCAGAUGGUAUCCAUACCCACCCAGCUGCUCUACGCAUCGCGAGCAGAACAAACCCUGAAGGACUUGUUCUAGUAAGUGAUGCAGUGGCGGCUCAAGGACUCGCCGAUGGAAAUUAUCGUAUAGGACCACAGCUUGUUACCGUAGAAGACGGCCGUGCUUACGUCACAGGCACUAAAGUUCUUUGUGGAAGUACUGCCGCGCUUGACUCUUGUGUUGCGACAUUGAAACAGUCAUUGGAUUGCUCAAUGGAAUAUGCAUUAGAAGCCGCAUCGCUUCAUCCAGCAAAGGCUUUGGGAAUUGACAAUAGAAAAGGAAAACUCGACUUUGGAUUUGAUGCGGACUUUGUUAUUCUUAAUCCUGAAAAUAUCAAGAUUACAUCCACUUGGAUCGCUGGUGAAUGUGUAUUUGAAUGUGAUAAAAAGUAAUUAAUGUGAUAUUAGUAUAGGGUCUGACCAGUAUAUGUAUAAAAUGAAGUUUUUAUUUUAAAGUUAUUAUUUUCAUCUUUUAUAAUAAAACAUUUUUACCUUGUC